CCAUGUCAAUGAGUAAAGAACAUAUUUAACCGUAAGGGCAGACAUGACGCAGGCCAGACCAUGGGUGGGAAAGCAGACUCAAAACAGCCACAGCAGCAGUGCACCGCGAAACGGAUAUCACGGCGCAACAAGAAGAAGCCAACGGACCACCAAAGGCAAUCCAAAUCAAACACCGGAGGAACGGCGGGUGUACGUGGAUUGCCGUCCGAACAGUAUGACACGGAAAAGUUGGCCACGCCAGUUGGUGCGCCCACCGGUGGUAAGCGUUACCAGAGCACCCGGUCGCAGGCUGCAUCUCAACGGCGCGAACGUGCACGUAAGUUGGCGGCGGAAACGGAACGAACCGGACAGGCUGAUGGUCGGGAUGGUGCGUCGCUUCACGAGCUAGCGAAUAUUCCGGCCGACAUGCGUAUCUCGAAGCUGUUGCGUCGCCUGGUGGGUGAAACGAAUCCACACCAAUUUCUCGAGAUAUGUGACCGGUUGGAAGUGGUGAUACUUGACCCAUCGAAUGCGUCCUACAUACGCAAAUCAUUCGACCUGCUGGCAAAUACGGUCAAUGCGAUACUGGAAAGUGGGUUGCGCGAGUGUUACGAACGGGUAGCGCAACUGUUCGGUAUGAUGCUGUACGUACUGCUGUCCAGCUCAUCCGGCGACGGAUCCGUUUUGCGCGCCUGGACCAACCGCUAUCUGAACCAGAACAAAAGCAUCCGUCGUUCGGCUCUGAUUGCGCUACGGCAAACGGUAUUGCUCGAUCGCGGUGGCCACAAGUUUGAUGGCGUUAUCAAAUGGUUGCUGGGGGUGUUGCAAGAAAUUCUCGAAACGACGGACGUGCUGGAUGUGUUCGUGCUGGUAACGGACGUGAUAGUGGAGCUGGCGGACCGAUAUCCGAGACCGUUUUCGUCUCACUUUAGCGAUAUAGUCGACAUUGUGGUUGGAUGGCAGCUGGAGAGUACACAAUCGGCGAAGGUAAAAGUACACUGUGCACGGGUCCUGCUUGCCUUCCAACCGUACUGGUGCGAACAACGUGACGUUACGUUCAAUCUACUCGAACAGCUAACAGAAGACAUCGAUGCACACUGCGGGGAUGUCGACUACAGUGACGAACGGCAACGAGACGACGCAAACCGUCAGCUUGGUGCACUGCUGACCGCGAUUAACAGCGUUAUGAAGUGUUUGGACAGUUCUUCUGUCGGCGACUUUUUGCUGCAAGAUGACGAACUGACACGGUUCGACUGUUGCAGUAUCACCAUCUUGGAAAACGUGUUUCGUCUGCUGAAAAGUCCACCAUCCGGGUUGGCGGUAGCUGCAAUUUGUGAGUUUUUAAUGAUAAAGAUGAUGCUCCAUUCGCCAGCAAUAUCAACCACCACGUGGGAGGAUGUGGAUCAUCUCAUUCAAAAGCUGAUACACUAUGCCGACACGUACAGCGACGAGCAGGUCGGUGCGCUGAUACAUCUGCUACUGCGCUAUAUCGAUGCGAAUGGGCCGGAAAAGCAACAGUCCCGCAUCCGGUUACUCUUGCCGCUCAUCUUCCAGGAAGGGCCAUUUUACAAUUUACGCUACCGUCAAAAGCGUACGGUCCAGCGGAUACUGCUUUUACUCUGCCAUCACAUACUGACGCUCAAGCACGUGGACAUACUCCAGACAGCCUACAGCUCCAUACUAUCCGAUAUCGAUGAUGCGCUGGGAAGAUUACGCUCGGUUGGCAGUAGAACUCCAUCAAAAGCGAACAUAUUACGUCUGCAGUACCGUAUCCAAUUCAGUCUUCUUCUUUUAUCGCCACUAGCAAUGGCCAGAAACUCCAUCUUUAUUACAUGGACACUUAAAAAGCAACCCGUACUGCAUGUACUGCUCGAUCGGUUAGCACCAACCGAUAGUCGCCUUUGGGAUCAGCAAAUCCACACCCACCUGCACUAUGCCGUGCUGCUGACGGCCUUCAAUCACUGCACUGCAAACAAUCAUUUCAUCUCCUCCAGCAGCUUGCUACAACCCGCACACACUUACGACGUUGAUCGUUUUCGCCGUGCCAGCCGAUCCGAGUCUUCCGAUUCGGAUAAGGACUCACCGCCCGAAAGUCCGACAGCGGAUCAUUUUGGCUUAGUGUUGCGCUUUCUCGGCACCAUUCUUGGCCAGUGGAAGCGGGUACGAUCUUCGAAACGGUACGAAUCGCAGAGGACCAAUCUGUUGCUUCUAUUGCUCGACUGGUGUCUUGCGAUCGUAACGCAAACAACACGCUAUCAUGAUGUACUGCACGAAUGCGAAGAUUUCAAUCAGCUGCUCGUCCACGUUGCGACCGUUGCGGUUGAAGAUGGGAGCGAAAGUGAGACGAUCGGUUUGCGAUGUGCUGCCUGUCUGGAUGCGGCCUGUCAGUAUACGAGUUUGCACGUGUCAGCGUACCAAGCAAUUGCUGAGGCCUGUUGCGUCCAUCUUUGUUCGGUGUACAGUAGCUUGCGUACUCACUACACCGUACUCUUUUCGAAACUGCCACUACGCCAUUCACUGCGACAGGUGAACGAGUUUACGGGCGUUAAUCGGCGACGCUGGGAGCAAAUUGGUGAGCUCAAAAAUGGCCUAUACCAGGGUGGUGGAGGAUAUGGAUUGCAGCACUCAGCCACGCUACGGAUGGCAGAUCUUCGCAGUCUGUUCAAUCGAAUCACGUUCAGCCGAGACGGAGCGGCGUAUGCGGGAGGUUAUCUACACGAGCUGCUCACACGCUCCUUUAAUCAACCUUCUCGGUACGGUGAGAUGGCACUGCGAGAUCUUCGUUGUCUCAUUCCUUGGGCCCAAUGGGAAGCGGCCCAGCUAUGCGUGAAUCAUAAACUUCGCACGCCGUUCGGCAAACCUGAGGGUACAUUUGUACGCAUUGAAUCGAUCGUAAAGCAGUGUGCCCGAAUUCUAGCACUGACGGAUAAGUUUCCCGUUCGCGACAUUCGUACCUCGAUUGUAAACCAAAGACACGCACGCAUCGUGCUCGGAUUUCUGGAAGCGCUGGAAAAAUCGAUCUACAAUGCAGCGGAGGGUACGGCUUUCGCUUUGCCUGCGCCUGAACAACCGGCCCGUACAUUUUUCCGCGUCAAUCGGCAUACCUGUGCGGAGUGGUUUACGCGUAUCCGGACGGCUGUAGAUCUUGUCGCACUUCACUGCAUGGAGCCGGAAAUGGUGAUACGUUAUUCCGAAGCCGUACUGCGGGAAUUGGUUGCUGCUGGGAAAACAUCCGACCCGAUUUUCGAACACAUGCUGAUGUCUUUAGUGUGGGCGUUGGUGCGAAACUGGGAGUCGGAUGCACUGUACGGUGUGUACGUCUGGAGUAAGCGGCUUACCGGGCGUAAAUACUCCUGGAUACGGAUGGCUGCGGAGGAAGCAUCCGGUCAUCGAGAGACGGCAGCUAGCGGAUUUCGAGGAAUUCUGGCCGACCCGGGUAGCGUUGGGAUGGAUCGAUAUAUACGAGACUUUAUUGUGGAUCAAACGAUACUAUGUCUGUUGUUUACUGGUGAUUAUCGACAGCUGUACGAGUUUCUGCUUGCGGAAGAAAGUAGUGGAACUCCGAGGGCCACAAUACCACUGAUUACUGUGACGGCAACCCAGAUCAGUUCGAUCAUACGGUACGAGGAAACGCACGAUGUUAGCGUGAUCGAUAUUAGCCAGUGGGAGUUGGUGGAUGUCGGCAACAAUAUACCGAACGAUUUUUCCUGCCACAAGAUGAUCUGCGCCGUAGAGAACAGUCUGUCUGGGAUAAUCCUGCAGGACCAGAUAGAACAACGCGAGCGUAUGAUCGAUGCCAGUACAGAGCUGAUCCAGUGCUACCUGCAGGAAUGUUUGCUGACGCGCUGUCGCGAGUACCUGUUUCAGCUGACCAUCACCAAUCAUAUCCUGUACAAGAUUGCGCAGCGUAUCCGGUCGCCGAACAGUAUGUGUGGGUCUGCCGAAGGUAGUGGUCUCGGAUCGCUGAAUGUGGAAAAAUUCUACGGAACGCUCACACUGAUGCGAUUGCUGGCGUGGUCAGAGUUUCUUCUGGCUGAUUCAGGCGAUGGAUACGAAGGUGAGCAGCAGAACAUUGACCUACGGCUCGACAUGGUAUCGAUCGGUCGGAAGGAGAAAAACUAUGCGCUCAGUAGACGUGAGCUUGAGAAGUACUAUCACAAGUCGAACUUAGUUGGACGACUGGAGAUCCUGGCGGAUGGUGGAAUUGGUACAGAUCGACACCAACAACAACAGCGCCUAACGCUAGAACAGGUAGCGUCCGCACUGAUGAAAUCUGCUACACUGCCCCCGCUAGGCCUGUGGGACGAGAACCUAUCCCGGGCAGUGUAUGAACACUGCAAGUGGCUCUACUGCCAACCAGGCAAACGGCUCGAGGCGAUAGAUUUUGCCGCCUGUGCGACAGCCGUCAUCGAUGGUGAGCUGCAGCGUCGUAAAGAUGGAGGCCCCGAACAAACGGCGAAGCAUUCCGAACGAGUGGCUCGAUUUCUGCUCACCAUCAGUGAUUGGAUGGCGGGUGAGGCGGGAGAACCGUGUGCAAAUGAACUCGCGAGCGUGACACGGUUGGGACAGCUGUUGCCAUCGAUUGACGCCAAACCCCUCACGGUACAACAUGCCGGAAUAUUUGGUCCAUCUGAUCGAUUGAUAGGGACGCUACUGCAGGGUGCAGUUGACCGUUGCCCACCGUUGGCGAAAGCUUGGUUCGCACUAGGCUCGUGGCUGUACCGAUGGGGCAAACGGAUCGUGGAGCACAGUGCUGCCGAUGGAUCGAGUGCUCGCAUCAGCGUAGAUCAGGUGGCAGCGAUAUUGGCAGGACCAACGGUAUCGCUCGAAGAUUGUGAACGCAUCGUUGGGAUAUUGAAUGAUCACGAACCGGCGCGUGUUGUGAUCGGGGUGGAUAGUGAUCGGGAUGCGGAAGACGCGGAUGAACUAGAGCUGGACAGUUCAGCCACGAUCGGUUCGAUCGGACUGUUAGAUGCUUUGCAUCGUGCAAUGCCUGGGCUGGAAAGUAACGUGCCACAGGAAAGUCUUCACGCGAUCAUCGAUAUCUGGCGUACUAACCAUCGGGCCGUGUACGGAUAUUACGAGGCAGCGGCUGAAGCGUACUUCCGCUUUCUGCAACUAUCGUCGGGAAGGAACGACGCCACAUCGGAAGGUGUCGAUAGCGAGCGGGCCCGAUCUGUCACCGUUACAUUGCGACUGUUACGCCUCAUCGUGAAACAUGCGCUCGGGUUGAAAGAAGUCCUCGAGGAAGGACUCGCAACAACGCCCAGUGAACCUUGGCGCGUUAUAACACCGCAAUUGUUUUCACGCCUCGCCCACCACGAACCGUACGUGAGGCGACGCGUUUCGGAGCUGCUGUGCCGUGUGGCAAAGGAUGCGCCACAUUUGAUUAUCUUCCCAGCAGUAGUUGGUUCGGUACAGGAGGAACCAAGUCAGUUGGCUGUUGUAGAUGUGUUGCGAGACGGUGUGGAGGAGGUUUCUAGUCGGAUUGAUGAGCCUGUAGAUCAAUCGCAAGCACACGGUGCUUCAGGGUUGGGUUUCUGCUUUAACGUCCUACUGGAUAUCCUGUCGCGCGAAAUCCCCGACACGGUGAAGCAGGUGCAAACGCUCGUGCACGAACUGCGACGCAUUUCGCUUCUUUGGGAAGAACUGUGGGUAGUGUCGCUGCAACAAAUCUACGCCGACUACACCAAACGUAUACCGACGUUCGAGAGUGAGUACCGACGGCUUCAUUCAUCCGGUCAGCUAACCGAACAGCGACGCACAUUGUUAGCGGAAAAGCAUCGACUUCUGCUCCGACCGCUUAUAUUUGUGCUCGACCAACUGUACGGCAUUACGUCGCGGAAAGCCGAAACUAGUCAUGAACGUCAUUUCCAGGCACGUUAUCAUCGCUACAUUCGUCACAUGCUCGCAAAGCUACGUGAACCUGCUGACUUUACCGGACCGAUCGAAGGUUGGAACCGGUUCCGUACACUCUACACCCAGCUACAGCAACGUAGCCAGAAACGCUUCUCGUUCUUUCUGCGGCUCGGUGAUGUCAGUCCGAAUUUGCUCCGUUUGUCCAACACUGCCAUUGCGAUGCCCGGUAUCGACACAACGCUUGCCGGCAGCCGACAACCCAUACUGAUCCGAUCAGUAGACAACAAUAUCCAAAUUUUGCCUACCAAAACGCGUCCCAAGAAAUUAACCUUUUGCGGGAACGAUGGACGUCGGUUUGGUUAUCUAUCAAAGGGCUUGGAGGAUCUACAUCUGGACGAGCGUAUCAUGCAGUUCCUCUCGAUCGCUAAUCUCAUGAUGACGAAAUCCAUCGACUGCAAUGGUAAUGUGACGCACUACCAGGCGGAACACUAUUCCGUGAUACCGCUUGGCCCACGCUCGGGACUAAUCACGUGGGUAGACAAUACGGUGCCAAUCUUUUCGCUGUACAAAAAAUGGCAGCAACGAGAAGCGUUGCAGAAAAAGGAAACUAAAAGUGGUGGCAGCACGGCGUUAAGACCGUCCGAGUUGUUCUAUAACAAAUUAACACCACUGCUCCAAAGCCAUGGAUUGAAAUCGAGUGCCAGUCGGCGCGAAUGGCCAUUGGCGGUGUUGAAGCAGGUGCUAGCAGAGUUGCAGCAAGAAACGCCACGUGAUUUGCUGGCAAAAGAGCUGUGGUGUCAUAGUGCAACGGCUUCCAGUUGGCGACAAGUGAUCCGCAGCUACUCCCUAUCGCUCGCCGUAAUGAGCGUGAUCGGGUACAUUAUUGGGCUCGGCGAUCGCCAUCUGGAUAAUGUGCUGGUGAAGCUGGCGACGGGUGAGAUCGUACACAUCGACUACAACGUUUGCUUCGAGAAGGGUAAAACGUUGCGUGUGCCGGAAAAGGUACCGUUCCGCAUGACGCCGAAUCUAGAGGAAGCGUUAGGCUUAACCGGUAUCGAGGGCACUUUCCGUUUGGCGUGCGAGCACGUGCUGAAAUCGCUUAAGAAGGGCCGUGAAACGCUGCUAACAUUGCUGGAAGCGUUCGUGUACGAUCCGCUGGUCGAUUGGGCGAUCGGCGAAGAGAUCGGCAGCGGAUUGCCAAUGACCGCUACCGACAUUACCGUUUCUACCGCCGCGGCUGCCUCAAACGCUCCCGGCACUGGGCAAGGGGCGUCACGCUACAUCAGCCAGGCGAAGAAGCAGCUGGAUCGGGAGGUUACGCGCGAUACGCUUGCGGUACGUUUCGCCGAAUGUCGCAACGAUUGGUACCAGAACCGGGACGAUAUGCUGCAACAUCUGCUCUGUCUGCAGAAGCUGUUGCGUGAUCUGCGCGAGGUACGAAGCCAGCUGGUCGAAUCGGAACGGCUGAGGACUUCGCUGUCUCAGCAGCUCCAGUUGAUCGGCGAGGUAGAGUAUCUCGAUACCGCAUUCAGCAGUCAUCCGUUGGCGAGCCUGGCACAUCGGCUGAGUAUGCGUGCCCGCCUGCAAGAGGUAUACGCAAGUCAGCGCGAUCAGCUAAGCCAGCAGGCGAAGCUGUUUGCCCAACAGCUUGAAGAGUAUGAAAAGUAUCGAAACGAAAUGCAGAACGAAGAACGGUUGGAGAUGUUGAGGUAUGAGCUGGCGGAUGUUCCAGAACUUGUACAGCCGGAUGAUGAUACGCAGCAGCUGUUGGUUGCCUUCCUGCCGAAGGAUGAUCCCGGUUACAUUAAAUACUCCUUUGCCCGUACGGAGCUAAGCGAGUUACAGCGCAGAGCGGCUCCAGUGGCGGAAAGAAUCGUCGAACUGCUCGAACAGUACGGUGUACGACUUCCAAGUGACUCGUUGGAGGAUCAUCCACUACAUCAUUACGCUAGCUGGUAUGAGCAGCUUGCCAACAGCAACCCAGAACCAGCAGCAGCGCUUGAAACGAUGGCUUUGAUCGUGCGCGAGCAUGAGAAAGCCCGAAAACUGUACCUUGCGACACACAGCAGUAGCAAAAAGGAAGAAAAUGAGCGAAACCAAGCGAACCAAUUCGUGGCGCGUUUGGAGCGGAUCAUGGUGUUAAAUCGUGCCUUGAUAGAUGCAGAACGUGCCACCGUGGACGGAGAUAUGGUACAGUUGCAUACACUGUCAGCCGUAGCUAGUCAUCUUUUGGAAGAAUGCACCAAACAAGGACUGAUCGCAGAUAGUACCCUGGGCCGUUGCCUGCAUCGUACAGUGGCCGAGUAUGAGCAGUUGAUGCAGUUUUACGAAAUGUUGGUGCCGCUACAAAAUGGACAUCAAAGACGGGAACAGACUGGUGAUCGUGAGGUACAACUCAAUGAACAGUUCGAACAGUUGGUCCUCAACGUUGAGCACUGUCUACGGCAAGGGCAAUGCGACAACGGAUCUAUUGGGGAUGCGGCAGAGAUAGCUCGUAUGUUAGUUAAUAGCUGGACAGAGCUAGUAUCGGACGAGGUGCCUAGAGAUGUGGUGUUAGUGUUUGAUGAUUUGUUAAGGUCGACAAGUAUACCUUGGAUUGAAACGUUUCCGGAGAAGUUGACUGAACGAGGCGAAACGAUCAAUCAGCAUAAUGAAGCAACACUACUGGGCGUCUGGCACUACAAACUUCCCGAACCAUGGGCACAACAAAUAUCUGAGCUUACCGAAACGCUCCUCCAGGCAGCCAAAUUUCAAGCGAUGUACGAGCUGCUGAAUGGAGCUUCACCUCAGCAAAAACCGGCCAACGAAACCAACACCUCCUACAUCUCGGUAGAUCGGUUCAUUAAACGUUUUGUUCGUCUGCGUCUCGCCGGUCGUGGACCAUUGGCGGCACUCUUUACAGUGCAAGAGUCGGACACAACUACUGCCGGCACGGCGCACAACACUUCACCUGCCAACGACACCCACUGGCUACAGAACCUUACCGAAGCGGUACAAGCACUCGCACCAAUUCCUGAGCUACUGCUGACGGCUUUCGAACAACUGAAACGUCACACGGAAGCACUUCGCAAUCGCCUUGCUUGGGCAUCAGCGGCACAUCCACCACUCUGCCCACUGGAGCUGCCAGUUGCGUUCGAGCAGAGUAGCUCGCACAGUGUGGAAAGCAGCAGCCGCUGGAUACAGUCACUCGAGCGCAUUCUACGCUACGGCCAGAUAGUGAUGCGUUACGAAGGUACGCGCCAUCGCGAUGAACCGUCACUGGCGAGUGAGUUUGCUGGUUUGGUUGAGCGAUGGCAAAAGACACUGACCGGAUAUACGGUGCGUGGUGCAUCGUUCGUUUCACCAACCGAGGAAGCGUUGGUGGAGUUGCUUGACCCGGAAGGUUCGAUCGAUCCUACCUGGAUCAGUAAUGUGCGUGCGCUGAUUGACGAUAUGACCGAUCAGGUGCUCACGAACCUCGCCCGUCUGGAGCAGGACGAGUGUACGCUUCGGACGGCACUGCAGGCUGCCGCCAAACAUAUGCUAAAGCUUGUGCACAAGCAUGACGACGUGAUGGGCGAUAUACGCUCGCUGCUACGCACACAACUUCGCAUCGGUGGUUCGUCUGCGUUGCGGGAUUAUCUGCACCGCUAUAGACGAUUCCACGAUCUGCUGAGCAACGCUCACGAAGCGGUAUUGGCGACGGUAACAAGCGCGAACGAUCCUUCCGAUACGACCGGUACGUCCUGGUCGGCGGACGAUGUUGACGAGAUGGUGGAUGAACUGCUAACCAUGCUGCACGACGUGUUUGAGCAGCUGUUUCAGUUCGACGAACCACCAGAUGAUAAUGAUGCGGGCCAGGACGAUAAGGAGAUCGCCGACGGCGAAAGGGAGGAGGACGAGGAAGAUGACGAUGUGAGCGGGACGGAUGGUGCAUCCUGCUCGGUGCACCUACACGAUCCCGUGCCACCACCCGAUCGGAAAGAACAGAAACAGAAGGAACAAAAAGAGCAAAAGCGUAAUGCGUAUGCCGUAUCGGUAUGGCGUCGCAUUCGCAUGAAGCUGGAAGGGCGCGAUCCGGACCCAGUACGGCGUUGUGGUGUGACGGAACAGGUCGCCUGGAUGAUCGAUGAAGCAAUGGAUCCAAGCAACCUUGCCGUGGUAUACGAGGGUUGGACACCGUGGGUGUAG